UUUACGCAAAUUCCCACAGCAAGAUCUUUGGAAAUUUUCUGAAGCGGAUGAAACUUCUUUUUUAUGUGUUCGCUGUCGAUUUAGCGUCAAAGAAUUUAUUCCAACAGACCCACAAGAAGAAGCAAAUAUGUCAAGUCAAGUGAGUGUUGAGAAUUUAAGUAUAUCAGAGGAAAUAAGUACUUCAGAAAGUGCUGUAACUAGAACUAUCAGUAAUUUUAGUGCUAAUAUGUGCGAUUUUAAUGAUCACUCAUUGGAGGAAUUCUUAAAUAUUUCUCCUAUUGAAAAGAAUAAAUUGUACUCUGAAAAACAAUAUGGAGUAAAAAAACUUGAUGAGAGCUACGCUGCUCUUGACAAUAAAUUUCGAUCACAAUUUGGAAUAUUACCUGAAUCUACAUACCGUAAGAUUAGUCAAGAUUAUAGAUCAAUGAUAGCUAAAUUGAAGGAAUUAUAUAACGCUGAAACAAACACUUCUAUCAAAAAUAAAUUACUUUCCUUUUUACCCGAUAGUUGGGAGAUCAGUCUAAUACAGAGCGAGUUCAACUGUUCUCGAACAAAGGCCGUGAACUUGAAACAGAAACUAAAAAAUAUUGAAUUAGAAGCUGAUCAGGAGAGUAAUGAAAAUUCUGAUCCUAUAAGAUCUUCGGGUAAUCAACUACUUAACCUAGAUGUUAGGAAACUUGUGAUUGAUUUUUACGAAAGUGAAGAAAAUUCAAAGCAAUUAGCAGGCAUGAAGGAUUUUAAAUCGGUGAAGAAUUCUGAUGGUGUCCGUAGUAGAGUCCAAAAAAAAUUAAUUUUGUGUAAUUUAAAGGAAUUAUACCAAAAUUUUAAGGGGGGGGGGAAAGAUGAAAUCAUAGCAUUAGAGAGUAUUUAUACAAGCGAUGAAUUGUCUUACAACCAAAACGAUGAUCAGUACCAGUGUUCAUUGAAGAUAUUCAUCAGUUUGCCAGAAGGUUUUUAUUUGCUGUACAAAGAUGACCACGCGAGUAUGCCCAAAAUAGAAUCUAUAGAAUCAAUUAUUUCCCAAACUUUAAUCGAUGAUAAGUAA